CUAAAGUCCCUAUUACAUUCUAAAUACAUCAUCAUCAAAAUCUAUAAUUUUUCCCAACACUCCACUUGUGCAUGAAAGUGACAAUGGUGAUGACGAAAAACACGAUGACGAACAAGUGAGCAUGGAAGAGAAAAUUGACUUCCUGUACCAGACAGCAAAAGAACAUCAAAAAUCUAAGGCAUCCAAACAGCCCUUACUGAGUGGAACUACGUAUGAGGAUCUCAACUACAAAGGCUUGUAUAUCGACUCCCACAUAAAGAAUGAGGCUUUGGCAAAGGAAAACUCAAAGCUAGCCAAGGAAUUGGAUUAUGCUCUUGGGAAGAUUGAAGCUUAUGAGAAGAUGAGUGGUGUCAUUGGAAAGCAGAAGGAGAUAAUAGUUCUUACAAAUUUAGGCAAAGAUGGUGAUGGUGUCAUAAAUCUAUCUCAACUAAUGGCUGCUACACCAAACACAGCCCUAGAGACGCCCGGAGAGAAGUGUGGUGCCGAUAAUGGCGGUGGUGGUGCCUCUAAAUCUAAGGAUUUCGUAAUCUCCUCUGUUUCUACUGCCUCUGCUCUCCGGAAAGUCGUUCACGACUUGUUCCACGACAACAAACAUGCCAGGGCCAUGCAGCUGGAACAUGAAUUCCGCACAACCAUCAAAGGCAACUCCACCAUGGCGGCUUAUUGCCAACAAUUGCAGAAUCUGGCCGACUGGCUGGACGAUGUUGAUGCACCAGCCUCCCAGCACCAACUUGUUCUACAGAUGCUUCGUGGUCUCCCUGCAGAUCUUCAGGCACAAACAUCUUUCAUGCAAUUCCAGGAUCCCAUGCCAACUUUUCUGCACGUCCGUUCUGCUCUCAUGCUUUUGGAUCGCCAACGGACAAGCCCCACCGACUCAGGCACCACGGCUCUUCUCACGAACCGUGUUGGCGACGGCUACCACGGCGGAUCGUCAGACGGGCACCGUGAUACAUCGCUCCAAUGAUCUGGGACCCCUCUACCCCCUAGGACGCUCAGUCGCCGCUCAAGCCAACGUCGCCGCUGUCGAUCUUCAGACCUGGCACCGGCGCCUAGGCCAUCCUAGUCAAACUGUCCUCAGCAAUAUUUCAUCUCUUCCUUUUUUAAAAGUUAUCAACAUUCCUUAUGUCAUGCAUGUCAAUUGGGAAAGCAUGUGCGCCUCCCUUUUUCUUCUUCUAGUCGUGUUUCAAUGUUUCCGUUUCAACUAUUACAUAAAGAUUUGUGGCAGUC